GGUGAUCAGUGCGGAUCAUGAUCAAUGGAAAGAGCCCAAGACGGCGGCUCUGUCAUGUGAUCAGCUGUGUCCAAUCACAGCUGAUCGCAUGGCACUGAUGAUCAGUGUGCCCUGAUGAUCAGUGUAGCCCAAUCAGUGCCGCCUGUCAGUGCCCAUCAAUGCCACCUGUCAGUGCUCAUCAAUGCCACCUGCCAGUGCCCAUCAGUGCCACAUCAAUGCCACAUAGUGCCUACCAGUGCACAUCAAUGCCACAUAUCAGUGCCCAUCUGAGCUGCCUUUCAGUGCCACCUAUCAGUGCCAGUCAGUGCUGCCAAUUAGUGCCACCUAUCAGUGCCAGUCAGUGCCGCCUAUCAGUGUGCAUCAGAAGUCGCCUAUCAGUGCCCGUCAGU